AUGGACUUUGCGAAGGAAAACGAAGAUGAUGAUGAUGGUGAAGAAGCCGGUGGCGAAGAUGAGCUCUUUUUUAUUGAGGGCUCCAGUUGUUCAGAAAAUGAAGAAGGACACAGCAGCUGCAAACAAGCUGUUCAGCGAAGCAGGGGAGGCUCUCCUCCACUCCUCCUGGCCUUCUCCAUCACCUCUGGACAGCUGGUGCACGACACCAGCCCCGACUCACAGGAGGAGGACGGAGAUGACAGUGACCAGUACAUCGAUGACUGGAUGAUCUUGGAAGGAGAAGAGCAGGAGGGAGACUCAAGCAUUCAGCUCAAUCUAAGCUACAGGAACAGCAUCUCUGACGAUGACUCUCAAGAUGAAGAUCAGAAUAUGAAAUCAGUUAAAGAUACCUGGGCUGUAUCAGAGAAGGACAAGAGUUUCAUGGAUCAGUCUCUGCUCAGCCAAUACUUUGUGCGUGGUCGUCCUCAGAUGUGUCACAUCUGCAACAGGGCGGGACACCUCGCCAAAAGCUGCUACAUCCACAGGAAAUGUCCCACCUGUAUCCUUUGCGGGAUCCAGGGCCACUUCCAGAGGGACUGCCCACGCCGACCCUGCCCCAUCUGUGGACUGCCCUCACAUGGACUCAGACCCUGUGAAAAUCCCCCAACUUGGAACCAACACUGUGAACGCUGCGGGAUGACAGGACACUUCUCUGACGCCUGCCCCGAUAUAUGGAGACAGUACCACAUGACAAUCCGGUUGGAGAUUCCCCCCAGCCCACAGAAAGUCCACUCACGCAAACAUAAGAGACGGCCUGCUCACUGUUACAACUGCUCUAAGAUGGGACAUUAUGGCUAUGAGUGCACUAAAAGGAGGAUGAUCAGUGGGACAUCUCCCUCCCUGCCGUAUGUUUGCCACUACGACACCAUGGAGGACAUCCUCCAGCGUCGCACCAGGAUGCAGAGGGAAUCCAAAGAGGUUGGAUCCCUGUUGCUCUCAGAGCAGCAGCAGUCCGAACCAACAGGGGAGAGUAGCGAGGAGAAUCAGACAGCACAGUGGAAGAGCAAGAGGAACCAGGAGGCACGGAGCCGGGGCAGCAGGAGGAAGACUUGGCCAGAAAGGCGCAGAGAGAGACAGGAGGUGAAGAGGCUGAGGAGGGAGGCUCAGGCCAGACGUGAAGGAGGACUACUGCUGAGGUCCCAGGGUCACUCUGAUGAUGAAGCCUGCACUGCAGAUCCCCUCAGGUCCGCCCUUUAUGGUCAUGGACAGUCCACACCCCCUCCACAGAAGAAAAUGAGGAGGGAUGAGGCAGGUGGCAGAAGGAGCAGGAAGAGCAGAGAAGCAGAGAGGUGGAAGAAGAGAGGGGGGAUGAAACGUGGAGAUUUAUAUACAUAUGUUGACCUUGACAGCAGAAGUAAAAACCUUCUUUCCCCAAAGCAGAGGGUACGCCACCGAAGAAGAUAAAGUAAUUUAUUUUUUUAGGUGUGA